GGGGCUCCCGGGACGUCAGUCGCUCGCCCCACCCGCGCAAUGGGCUCCGAGGCCGCGCAGCUGGUGGAGGCUGCGGACUUCGCGGCUCGCAAGCACCGACUGCAGCGGCGAAAGGACCCCGAAGGGACCCCCUACAUCAACCACCCUAUCGGUGUGGCUCGGAUCCUGACCCAUGAGGCGGGAAUCACUGACACUGUGGUGUUACAGGCAGCCCUGCUCCAUGACACAGUGGAGGACACAGACACCACCCUGGAUGAGGUGGAGCUGCACUUUGGCGCUCAGGUGCGGCGUCUGGUGGAGGAAGUAACAGAUGACAAGACUCUGCCCAAGCUGGAGAGAAAGCGGCUGCAGGUGGAGCAGGCACCCCACAGCAGUCCCGGGGCUAAACUGGUGAAGCUGGCAGACAAGCUGUACAAUCUGAGGGACCUGAAUCGCUGCACCCCAGAGGGAUGGUCUGAGCAUCGAGUCCAGGAAUACUUCGAGUGGGCAGCGCAAGUGGUGAAGGGGCUUCAGGGAACAAACCGACAGUUGGAAGAGGCUCUAAAGCAGCUGUUUAAGGAGCGGGGGCUGACACUUUGAGCAGUGCUUGGAGCCAUCAGGGGCCCAGACUCCAGCCUUGGCCAGGCCAGAAAGGAUUCCUAUUCCAGCCUUUCCUUGCCUGUCCAUCUCCCUCCCUGACUGGU